AUGGCGGACAGCCACACAACAUCCUUUGAAGAUCUUCGAACAGUAGAUAAUUAUAUUUGUGAAACCUAUCGAGAAGCAUGUCAGCACCGUGGUUUGUUAGAAAAUGAUAAUCAUUGGGAGCAAGCAAUGAGAGAGGCUGCACAAGUAGCAAGAGCAGAUCAAGUUCGAGAACUUUUUGCAAUAAUUCUAACAUCGUGUAAUCCUUCAAAUCCUAUUAAGCUAUGGCUGAAAUAUCGCAACAGCAUGAGUGACGACAUUUUAGCCAGAGUGCAGAGAGACAAUCCUGAUUUGUAUAUUACUUUCAAUGAAGAUAUUUAUAAUGAAGCCUUGAUAAUUUCAGAGGAUAAUGUUUAG